AAGAAUCUAGCCAAGCUACUAACGAGCCAGAGGAUGGUUAUCAGAAUCAAGAGAAUUCUAAGCAUAUUGAAGAAAAAAAAUCAGAAGAAAUUAAAUACUCUUCAGUAGCCAUCAAGCCAGUCAAAAGUAAUAAAAUGUCAGCUCUCUCAAGGAUCAAGACAAUACAGGAAAAUGAUUGGAAAACUUGGAAAGGGCCAGAUGCUAAACAUUCAGGAAGACCUGGAACAGCAGGUUUGAUAAAAUCUAGGUAGAAGAAAGGAACCAAAGGCUCAGCAAGUAGAUGAUGAUGCUAGGUUCAAAAAUCUACUUAAAAUUAUUCAAAGGAUGCAAGCCUUGGAUGAUGAUACGGUAAUGCAAGCUAUCGUAAAAGACGAGAAGAUGGGGCAUAAAUCACAGAAUACUACUGCUAAGCCGUAUAAAGAUAGCCUCAAUUUUAAGGUUAUUAAGGAGACACAAUUGGUUUCAAAUUCUCUAUCUGGUCCCAGUUAUGCAAAAUCGUAUCAUUGAGAGUCAACAGAGUUGAUUUAUAAACUACUCAAAUGUGAAGCAAAGCUGGUCAGGUCAGUUCUAGAAGCAAAUGGAUUCAGGAAUACAGAGUCACAUGACUGGAACAUCCUAUGGAUGAACUCUAGCGCUAACUCAUACGUUUAUGAAGGGCUCAAUGAGUAUCAGAAGAUUAAUCACUUCCCAUGAAGUUAUGAAAUUACCAGAAAGGAUAACUUGUGAGAAAAUGUUGUAGAUAUGCAAGAGAAGUUUGGACAUGAAGCUUUUAAUAUUAUCCCUGAUUCCUAUGUUCUCCCAGAUGAAUGGGUAGAUUUCAAUGUUCAUUAUAAUGAACUAAAGAAAGAUGCGCCAUAUAAAAAUUUAUGGAUCUGUAAGCCAAGUAGUUCUUGCCAGGGUAAAGGAAUUUAUAUCACAGACAAUAUUCAUGAUAUUAGUAGAGUUGAUAAGUGAGUAAUAGGAAGAUAUAUUCAUAAUCCUCUACUAAUAAACUCACAUAAAUUUGAUCUCAGAGUAUAUGUGCUUAUCACAAGCUUCGAACCCCUCCGAGUCUAUGUCUUCCAAGAAGGACUCACAAGAUUUGCCAGUGAACCUUAUUCAAGCGGAACCAAGUUCAACAAGUUCUCCCACCUCACAAAUUACAGCAUCAACAAGAAAAAUGCUAACUUCGUACAGAAUGUUGAUCUCGAACACGAUGACUUUGGGUUCAAAUGGAGUCUGGCUGCAUUGUGUGGCCAUCUCGAACAAAUCGGAAUUGACAUGGACUUGCUCUGGUCCAAAAUCUAUGAUCUCAUCAUCAAAGCCAUCAUCAGUGCUGAAGAUAAAAUCAUUGCUGGCAUGAACAAGCACUGCAACCACAAGUCGAACUGCUUCGAGAUCUUGGGCUUCGACGUUCUCAUCGAUUCGGAGCUGAGGCCUUGGCUGCUCGAAGCCAACUUGUCUCCGUCUCUGUCAUCAGACUCUCCCCUCGACUUCAAGAUCAAGUCGAACCUGGUUACUGACGCCUUCAACAUCAUCGGGUUCAAGAAAUAUGACAGAAGGAAAGAAUCUGUCAACAAAAUCAAACACAGAAUGAAAGGCUUAUAUGCACGAGGCAAAAGCAUGAAGAACAGAUACGGAGGCAACAACUUCAGCUACAGUUACAAAGACAAAGGCAGCAUGAAGUCUUUCACACAGAAUCCUAAGAACAUCGAUGUGGACUCUGAGCUUUCUCGAUAUUUACAAUCUGACACAACUCUGGCAAGACACAGCAGAGUCAUCAAGAAACUGAUUCCACUGAAAUUCAAAGAAAUGCUCAAGCAGACACUCGAAGAAGACUCACGCAGAAGCAACUUCAUUCGGAUCUACCCAGCCAAAGGCACUGAUGUAUACGACAAGUACUUCAAAGGAGUCAGGCCGUACAACGUGUUUCUGUACAAGUGUUUGUACACUGAUGAAAUCAUUCCAAACGGAUUCAAUGAGUCCACCAAAGAAGCUCCCAGACUCACUGCUGACGACUCUAAACACAAAAUUGAACACCUAAAUAGUCUCAGUGAAGCCCAAGUUGUUCAGAAACAGAAGAGUUCCACUCAAAAAGCUGAGAGGCCUCAGACUGUCAAAGUUGGAGCCAAGUCUUCUUUGCAAAGUUCGAGCCCUAAAGAGAAGGUUAUUAUUACUGGAGACGAUGUAUUGAUAGAGUAUGUAAGCAGACUGAUCGGGGCGCUAUCAGUGAUCUCAGAAGCGAACUUGACCACUGACAUCAGACUUGGGAUUGACAAGUUUAUUCUUCAUUACGUGUGGCACUCCAAAGACCCAGCAAGUCAAGAUCCCACUUGUUCACUCAAACGAAGACUCGAAACCAGGUACGAAGAAAUGAGACAGAGAAGACGCAGACUUGUCAAAAGCAUUUACAAGAGAGAGGGCAAACUCGACAUAUUCGAGCAAAGUUACAAGAAAAUGGCCCAGACCAAGAUGAAGGUUCUGCAGAACUUCAACGGAGCCAAGCUUGAGGAAAUGCUCAAGACUUCGACCAAGAAUGUGGCACAAGAAGUCGUGUCGAUACUUCUGAAACACUCUAGCAGACUCUCGUACGGGAUCUUGCCAGACAUCGAAAAGUGAUUUGGUUUAGGAUCCAACGCAAGGUCUAAGACGCUGAUGAGCAAGUCUGCAUCAUCAAAGAUUGAACAACAAGACUGUGGUGAAGAUGAUGACAGGGAUGAUGAAGAAGUCCCACACAACAACAACAAAAUUUUGGCAUCAUCAAAUGUAUCCAAUGCUGCUAAUGCAUCAAGCAUCAACAAGUUCAGCAGCAUUAGUGAUUUCAACAAGAAGCUAGUGAAGCAGCCUCCACAGGUCCCGCCUACUGUCAACUACAACAACUAUUUCAACCACGGCAAGUAUCGGUAUUCGUCUAAGAGCAGAGUAAGCUCAGCAUCUGGCUCAAUGAGUUCGACCCACAAGAACCACAUUACCAGACUCAAGACUGCAAGCGGAAGUACCAUGAGCGCUACUAGAAAGCCUAAAGACACCGCAAGCAGAAGGAACUCAGUAAAAACAUCUGAGUCCGAGUACAUCAAAACCACUAAGCCAGUGCGCAAGACUUACCGAUCAGACUUGCAAGAACAGAGACGUGCGAACUCAGGGAUGGGAAUCAAGUCAACUAAAAGCAUGCCUGGGAAGGCAGGGAACAAGCCGAACUUGCUAAGCAGUCAUAACCAGCGAGACUUAUCAUUUCCUAAAAUUUAAGCUUUAAUGCACGUUUCAAUUUUC